UUGGCAGGUGCCCACCGCGUUUUGCUCUCACUUUGUCUCGAAUCGCCUCGAGAAGCAGACGUCAGAAAUGAAGUACUCUCUGGUAUUGGCCAUUACUGUUGGAUGUCUGGUGACUUUCGCCAUCGCCAGUUCAGUUCUAGAUCAACCCAACAGUCCAGAGCAGCAGCAACCAGAGCAACAGUCUGAGCAGCCAGGCACCUGUGAGAGGGUAUCCCCCUUACCCCCCUGGGCAAAAUACUAUCGUGGAAGAUGCUGGUAUAUCUGCAAAAGUUGGCCUCUGCGCAUUGAAUUUGAGCCUGAAGGUAUCGCCUGUGGGCUGAUGACCGUGAACAACACUAAGAGGGUCUGCAAGAAUGGAACCUGUGUUAAAGCCGAACCUUCCAGCGAAGAAUCGGAGCAGCCAAAACGACUCAUUCCGACCCAAGACUCCACAUCUAAAGGAGGAACUGGGGUUGGAAAUCUGCUGGGUUCGUCGAAGAAGCAGGAUACAGAAGAUACUACUUCGUCCGCUUCGACAAAAGAGAAAUCAACAACAAGUAUUGGAAAAGGCCUCCUAUCUAAAAAGCAAUAGCUUCAGAUGCACUCAGGAAGCGCCAGAUCUUUGUAACUGUGUGACCGGUGUUGCGAUGUGGAAGACAGCACUGCUCAAGCGUACUAGCACUGAAAAUAAUAGACGCAGAUUGCUUUCUUUCUGCCGAACCAGUUUUUUUAGAACCGAUUUUUAUUUGCGGAUUUGUGCAUCCGGAAAUUGCACUUCACAAUGGUGAAGGCUGUAAUCUUUUUUUACUGCAGUCGAAAAAGAAAGCUGCAUAUAUAAGAGAGACAAGCUGAAGCAGGAAAUCUGUACGUUCCGUUUCGAUACGCAUCGCCAUGAAAUAAUGCUUUUCAGCACUUUUUGUACGUGGUCUUCUUUUGUCAUGCUUACGUUCAACAUCACUGAAUUCAAUAGAGUGCUUCAGGCUUCGUUAAAUAGCAUUUUUAACAAAGCAAAUGGAAAUUCAUGGAGCAAAUCCUUCAUGGCCAACAUGCCUUUCUCCUCGAUAUUUUUGUUUGCUUUUUCUAUUUGCCACAGUGUCAUUAUCAGUCAGGUACUUUACUUUGGUAAUGGGGGGAGUUAUUGGCUUUGUGCAGUUGUCUUAGGAAGCAUACGAAGUUUGUUAUAUUUCAGAUUUGAUUUCCUCUUUUAAGUAUUUAUGAAGACCAAGAAAGAUGAAAAUGCUUAUAACGACGCACAUAUAAAUACAUCACGGAUGCACAGAGCCUCCAUGACGAUCUUAGAGGGUGGUUAUGAUCUCUUGAUUUGUUGUUGUUCAAGAUAGUUAGGUUAUGUCGAUUAGAACGUAUUAUUGCUAUUACUUGCCUAUAUUUGUAUCUCGGCGUCUGUCACAUUGAAUUGCAUUACAUAGACAGUAGCUACAUCGAUGCAUUGCUACAGCUAAGAAAUAUGGCAGAAUGUGUAUAUCACUACUAGAUUGUGACAACGAACGGGGACAUUCAUACUGAAAAAAAAAACAGUAAGAUUGCAUCUCCGAAAAUAUCGAUUUUUUAUACUUGGCCCGUCUACUUUCCCGAAGCCAACUCACAGACUACUACGGCACCCAGUUUUCGUUAACUCACUUACUGCACACGGCAGUUGCUGGACAGCCAUUCAAAAUCUUUCUCGACGAAUAAACGCGUUUUUAAUGCAUAUCAGAGCAUAACACUGCGGUCAACAUCACCUCCCUCCCCUCGCCUUAAAAACACAAAGUAGUCACACAGGUCCUUCGCGCAAAACAAACCAAACUGACAUGACAAGAUUUCUUUUUUGCGUUGAGUUUCCCUGGCCCAAAUAAUUACCUGAGUAAAUUCUCAAUUGCUUAUCUUUCAAUUUGAUGAAAUAGUUAUCUUUUUUAUGGAGAAUGUCAUUUUUUCUCUCAACUAAUGUAAACAUAUUCACUAUUCACCGACAUGAACCUCCUAAACAAAAUUUCUAGAUGGAACAAUAAAUACAGAAAUUUCUUUCGCGCUCUAAGCUUUUCAUAGUUGCGUGCAAAGGUUGGCGAUAUUGCGGCCUUAGCGCCGUUGACACGGUUGGUGGCACUCGCGCAAAACUCUGUAUUGCGCCAUUCUGCACUGUCUAAUUGACUGUCUUUAUUCUUAAAGUGUAGCCUGCUAGCGUGAGCGGCGUAGUUUGCUCUGUACGUCUAAAAUAAAAACACCU